AUGGUUAAAUUAGGUUUAUAUCUUAAAGCAGAUCUCGAGAACGUUACUGGUUUAUCUCCAGUUGACAAUUAUGAAUGGCACUUUAAAAUUGAAUGUACUAGUUGUCACGAAGUUGAUGAAUCUUGGAUUUCUUUUAAUCAACAGGAUGAAUAUGAAAUGAAUUCUUCCCGUGGUUCUGCUAAUUUGGUUAUGCGUUGCAAGUUCUGUAAACGUGAUAUGUCUGCACAAUUUGAGCCUUCUUUUAAAGUCAAAGGUUACGAAAUUGAAAAAAAUGGAGAAUUCCAACAGAUUGCUCAGUUUGAUUGUCGUGGUCUAGAAUUAGUUGAUUUCCAACCUAGAGAAUCUUGGACUGCAAAAGGUGCUGAAUCUGAUACUAUUUUUGAAGAUAUUGAUCUUACAGAAGGUGAAUGGGCCGAAUAUGACGAAAAGUCUGGUGAGCCUGUUGGUAUAAGCAAUAUUGAAGUUCAAUUCAAAAAAGAAAAAUAA